GUCGCGAGGGCGUUGCAGGGAGAGAGGGAAUUGUUUAUUUUCGUAGUUAGCACUUUAGCAUUGUUUACCAGUCAGUAUAUUGCGACCAUGUUUGUCUUGUUUCGCCACUGGCACAAUUGAGAAACAUCAAAGAGUCGCAUCAUAUCUCAUAAUUAGAAGUUAGUCAAGUAACGUUAUUGGCUCGAACUUCGAUUCAAAGAACACUGGUUUUGUUGUCGGCUAGCAAGCUAACUAGUUCAACGAUAAUACCAUUUUAGGUUUGCUACGAGAAAGUAUUAGCAUGUAAAAAAAAAUGGUAAUUUAGCUACACUGACUAUUAGCUACAACUUAACCACACGGGCACGUAAUUUUUUUAUUUUAAGCGAGCCUACUACUGUAGCUAGCUAGCUAGCGUACUAUCCUGUUACAUAUGUAAACGUUAACCAUAGCUAGUUAGCUGGGUAUUUGCGUUAGCUAACGUUAAAACGAGGGAUUUUAUGUAAAAUAGUUAGCUUUUUCUGUCCUGUACACCCCACCUGUACAGUGAAGGGAACACAUUCCAUUCUAACCCUGGCAAAAGGUUUCAGAAAAUGUGUUUUUGACUCAUUGAUCUGGAGGGAGGACUGAACUGGAAGCCUUAAGAUUGAACUCCAAGUAAUAGAGACUGUGGAACGGUGAGCAAGAUGUCGAUCACAAACACCCCCACAAGCAAUGACGCUUGUCUGAACAUCGUGCACAGCCUGAUGUGCCACAGACAGGGUGGAGAGAGCGAGACCUUCGCCAAGCGAGCCAUUGAGAGCCUUGUUAAGAAACUGAAGGAGAAGAAAGAUGAGCUAGAUUCUUUAAUCACAGCAAUCACCACCAACGGAGCUCACCCCAGCAAGUGUGCCACCAUACAGCGCACGCUGGAUGGACGCCUGCAGGUUGCGGGGCGUAAAGGCUUCCCCCAUGUGAUCUAUGCAAGACUGUGGCGGUGGCCUGACCUGCACAAAAAUGAACUGAAGCAUGUGAAAUACUGCCAGUUUGCUUUUGACCUCAAAGCUGACAACGUGUGUGUUAACCCGUACCACUAUGAGAGGGUGGUAUCACCAGGGAUUGACCUUUCAGGACUGACUCUUUCAAGCUCAGGCACACUCAUGGUCAAAGAUGAGUAUGAAUUUGAGAACCAGCCAUCUCACUCUGGCGCGGACGGCCACCAUCAGACCAUCCAGCACCAACUCUCCAGACCAGGGGGUCCUCAGGAUUUGUUCAGCAGCCCAGCCCUGUUCCCUCCCCCCGAGGGCAGCAGCUCAGCCUCCACCUCUGCCUUCUCCAGCCUCGCUGCUGGAGCUUCAACCCAAUCCAGUAGCCUUCUGUCAGGGAGCCAUAUCAGUGAAGGUCUGCGGCAGCUAUCCUCAGGGCCAGGCCCAGCACAGGGACAGAGCUCACAGCAGAACGGCUAUCCCCUGGCACAGAGCGCCACAUACCAUCACAGUGCCACCUCAGGCUGGCUGAGAAAUGGGAACUUCUCUCCCCCAGUGCCUCAUCACCAGAAUGGGCACCUGCAGCACCACCAACCCAUGCCCAACACCCCACACUACUGGCUCUCGCACAAUAAGAUUGCAUUCCAGCCCCCCAUCUCCAAUCACCCUGCCCCUGACUACUGGUGUUCCAUUGCCUACUUUGAAAUGGAUGUUCAGGCUGGGGAGACGUUCAAGGUUCCGGCCAGCUGCUCCACGGUGACUGUGGACGGGUACGUGGAUCCCUCAGGAGGGGACCGCUUCUGCCUGGGUCAGCUCUGCAACGUCCACAGGACAGAGGCAAUCGAGAGAGCCAGACUUCACAUUGGUAAAGGGGUGCAGCUGGAGUGUAAAGGGGAAGGGGACGUGUGGGUGCAUUGCCUUAGCGAUCAUGCAGUGUUUGUGCAGAGUUAUUACUUGGACAGGGAGGCAGGACGUGCCCCUGGAGAUGCAGUGCACAAGAUCUACCCCAGCGCCUACAUCAAGGUGUUUGACCUGCGCCAGUGCCACAGGCAGAUGCAGCAGCAGGCAGCCACAGCACAGGCGGCAGCCGCAGCACAGGCAGCAGCAGUGGCUGGAAACAUCCCCGGGCCUGGCUCUGUAGGAGGCAUCGCCCCCGCCAUCAGUUUGUCUGCGGCGGCAGGUAUAGGAGUGGACGACCUGCGCAGGCUGUGUAUCCUGAGGAUGAGCUUUGUGAAGGGCUGGGGGCCUGACUACCCCCGGCAGAGCAUCAAAGAGACUCCGUGCUGGAUUGAGAUUCAUCUCCACCGGGCCCUGCAGCUACUGGAUGAGGUGCUGCAUACCAUGCCCAUCGCUGACCCCCAGCCCCUGGACUGAGUUAUAGAACGGCAACACUAACUCCACUUUGUUUAUAACUGACAACACCACAUGCUGGACUGACUGCCCAUGCCGCGUAGGCUAGCCCAUUUGAACGCUGUUCGGCAUGAGAGAGGGGGGGUGAAUUAUUUCUUUUUUCUACCCACUGGCAUCAAAGCCAGCCAGGGUUCCUUCUCUGAAGAUACUAGCUCAUGAAUCUGUUUUCUACUUGCCUCAGAAUCAGGAUAUACAGUCGUUACUCAUGGAUGCUUUUCAUUCUGUUCUAUUCAUAUCAUCCUGUUCAUUGACUGACAGACGGCCAUGUCAUGACACUUUAUAUGCUGUAUUUGAGUUUCAAUGCUACUUUUUUUCCAGAUGGCAUAUAAGCUUAAUUAAGCACUUUAUUGGUUUGCUUUUCAUGUGCUUGUUUUCAGUAUGUUGUCUUGUUGUUAGUUUAGGUGUGAGGGGUAGUUUCCGCAUACAUUUCUAGUUUAUCUUAGAAUAUUCAGCUUUUGUAGCGAUGAGUGGGCUCUAGGCCAGAUGGUGUUCACUUCACGGACUUCAAUAAUGUUUUCAGAUGUCUCAAUGUCUAGACGGGUGUUCAUUUCAGUUAACAUUUUUAUCUCCACUUUAUAUUUCUGUAAUCGUGACUUUGAUGAAUUGACUUGUGGUAACAUUCCUUGGAGAUAUUGGAGGAAAGGAAGCCAUAUUGAUGCCAAAUGAACCCAUAUGAAAGGAAACAGUUCAGAGCACAGUCCUGUCAGUCAGUAUUGUGAAAGUUAUAAAUAAAUACAGGUUUUUAUGACUA